AUGUUAAAGCAGAAAUCUAGAAUUCAGUGGGUCAAAGAAGGAUCAACUAAUACUAAUUUCUUUCACUCUAAUAUCAAGAUUAGGCAAAGAAAAAAUAUGAUUUGUGAGCUGGAAGAUGAAUCAGUUACAACUGAAGACCAAUCAAUGCUUGAUGCAGUUUCAGAGGCAGAAGAAAUUAAACAAGCAAUUUGGGAUAUGGAUUCAAAUAGUGCUCCAGGGCCUGACAGUUUCUCAGGAAUGUUCUAUAAAGCUUGUUGGAAUAUUAUCCAAGCUGAUUUUGUCAAGGCUGUUCAAUACUGUUGGAGGAGACAGUACAUCCCAAAAGGUCUUAAUUCUAACUUCUUAGUUUUACUACCUAAAGUUCAAGGAGCAAAGAAGCCAAAUCAAUUCAGGCCAAUUGGUUUGAGUAAUUUCAGUUUCAAAGUUUUUACAAAAAUUCUAUCUACCAGAAUGGGAAAACUUAUAUGUAAACUAGUCUCUCCACAAAAAGUAGCUUACAUUCAAGGAAGAAGUAUUCAAGAACAAAUUUUGUUAUCCUCUGAAUUAGUCAAUGAAAUGAAGAAGAAGAGAAUGGGAGGUAAUGUAGGCUUAAACAAAAAUUUCAGUAAUGGAGGACCAAAUGGAUUCUUCUCAAUGCAAAGAGCGUUGAAGCAAUGUGAUCCACUUUUACCCAUCUUAUUUAUCUUAAUGGAGGAGGUUUUAAGCAGAAAUUUGACUAAACUAGUGGAAACAAAUCAAAUGCAACCAAUGGUUACAAGAAAUGGUAUCUCUCCUACCCAUCUUUUAUUUGCAGAUGAUGUUUUCAUAUUUAGUAAUGGUUCCAAAAAGAGCUUAGUUAAUCUCUUAAAAUUAUUAGAACCAUAUCAGCAGAGCUCAGAGCAGUUUAUAAACAAAUCUAAAAGUAAAUGUUUUGCUGAUGGAUGUACCCCGUUGAGGAAAACUCAAAUCUCAAGCUUGGUGCAGAUGGAUCUAACUUCCUUUCCAGAUAAAUAUUUGGGAGUAAUAAUUCAUCAAGGAAGAGUUAAAUCAACAUCUGUUUGGCCAAUGGUGGAAAUGUUGCGAGAUAGUUUAGCUGUGUGGAGGGGAAGACUUUUAUCUUUUCAUGACAGACUUGUUCUUAUCAAGUCAGUGCUUUGCAGCAUCCCUAUUUACAACAUGACAGCUUAUAAGUGGCCAAGUUCAGUUAUCAAGGCUCUUAAAGACAAUAUCAGAUGGAUUAUAGGGGAUGGACAAAGCAUCUCAGUUUGGUUUGAUACUUGGAUAGGAGAGUGUCCACUUAUUGAAACUUUGGGAUUCAAUGCUUUUGUUAACAACAAUUUGCAUAUGAAAGUGAGUAAUCUUUUACAUAAUGGUGUAUGGAAAAUUCCUGAAGAUCUCCAACAAUCUCUAAUUCUACCACUACCAGUUGCAAGUGGUGAUAAGGAUCAACUAAUAUGGUGCAAUAGCUUAAAAGGAAAAUUCUCUACAGCUUCUGCAGUAAACAAGAUCAGACAUAAAGAAGAUCAAGACAAUAUGACUCACUUGCUUUGGAAAUGCAAAUUCAGUAAAAGCAUACGGACAUGGUUAGGUAACAUUUUUCACUUUCCUAAUCCAUUUUCUUUUGAUGAUAUUAUAAAGUUUGCAAAACACAAAAGCCCAAUUGUUAAGGAAAUCUGGCUAACAGUUGCCUUUUCAAUAAUGAGAGAGCUUUGGUUUCAGAAGAAUAACAUUAUGUUUGACAAUGGCAAGCCAAAUGCGAAUAAUUUUAAGAGAAGAAUCAUGAAUUUAGUUCACUAUGGGGGAUACAUAAUGCAUGUUGGGAAUCCAGGUAUGGCAGGAUUUGGUAUAAUAGCAAGAAGCAACAGUUGUGAGGUUAUAGGGACUGUAUCUGGAGGUUUAGGCAUAUCCACUAAUUAUAUUGCAGAAACUCUUGCAAUUAUAUGGGCUAUUGAAUGGGCAGGUAAGCUUCAGUGUUACAAAAUCAUCAUCAGGUCUGACUCUAAAACUGUUGUGGAAGAUUUUAUAAGAGGAGAAGUACCCUGGUGUUUCAAAUCAAGAUGGAUUAAAGCUUGCAAAGCAUUAACUGAGAUUAACUAUGAGCACUGCUACAUGGAGAUCAAUUUCACAGCUGAUGAUUUAGCUAAAAGGGGACCAAAACUUCAGGUGGGACAAGUCAUUCAAUAUAUUGGAAGAUCUCCUAGUUUAGCUUGUAAUUUUUUGCUUUUAAUUCCUUCACUCCAUUUUGUAACUCUCAUUUAG